AAUUAAAAAAACAAUGGACGACAACCAUCUGCUUCACAAUACUCAAUCCUCCACCUCUACUAUAAAACCCUGCCUGACCACCCACAACUCAUCAAACCAAUCUCUCAACAUGAAGCUUCUACUGAUCCUGACACUAGCCGGGCUCGCUGCCUGUGAAGACUAUGAGUCUGUCCUGCAAUCCCCCCUUGCUCUGAAGAACCUGUUCUCCGAGUUCAACGGCAAGUACAACAAACUCUACUCUCCCCAGGAAGCUCCCCUUAGGAUGAGGCUCUUCAGGGCUGACCUCCAGAGAGUGGUCCAGCUGAACAAGGAGAACGACUGGGUUUCAGGACUCAACCAGUUCACCGCCAUGACCCAGGCUGAGAAGCAGCAGCACCUCGGACUCAACAUCUCCAGAGCUGACCUCUCUGAGGAUCUCCCUGAACUGUCCGCUGUCCCUGCUGCCAGCUCCAUUGACUGGAGGAGUCAAAAUAAAGUUACCGGUGUCAAGAACCAAGGAGGAUGUGGAUCCUGCUGGGCUUUCGCUGCUGUCGGAGCUGUGGAGACCAACUACGCUAUCCAGACUGGCAAAAGGAAGCAGUUUGCUGAGCAGGAGUACCUAGACUGUACCUACAGCAGCAGCAGAGACGGAUGCAAGGGAGGAUGGUACCACGAAGCUUGGGAUUACUCCAAGAGUUCCGGCAGACUGGCUACUGCAGCUGCUGCUCCCUACAAGGAAAAGGACGGAAGUUGCUCUUACUCCAGAGUUCACAACGGUCUUAUCGGUGCUGUUAUCACUGGAUCCAAAAGCAUCAGGAAAGGAGAAGGCAACGUCAUCUCGGCUCUCAACAACGGAGCUGUGUCAGUAGCUUACGAGGUGACUGACGAUUUCUUCAAGUACACCGAGGGAGUUAUUAAAGACUUCAGCUGUAAAUCCUACGCCAACCACGCUGUUACCGCAGUAGGUUAUACUCGAGGUGCCAUGAUUGUGAGGAACUCCUGGGGUGCCUGGGGAAUGAAGGGCUACUUCUACACCGCCAGAGGUCACCACGGUUGCAAGAUCUUCGACUACGGCUCCGUACCUGUCUGGAAGAAUACUGGUCGCAGAGACAAUGACCCUGACUACGUUGAUGUUGAUGAUAAUGACGGUGGUGAUAACACUGACGGGUGUCCCAGUGGAACAGUCAAGUGCCGCGAUGGAGUGUGCAGACACGCUCACAUGUGUUAAACUCUCAGAAGAUACCCCAGAACUUGCUUACUAGAAGACAAUUCCGGAUUUGAGAUUUAAAAUUUGUUUAAUUUGACCAGCAUUAAAA